UGUUCUGUAUAAUUUUUAUUUUUGUAAUAUAGAGAUAUGAUUAUAUUUAAUGACGUCGUAGGCACUAGAUAUAAAAAUUAAGAUAUCUCUGACAGAGAAGAUAUCUUAGAAGAAAGGAUAGGUCAAUGUACACUCGUUGGAUUCUCAUUAAGAGAGAAAAUGUAACAUACUUUUUACGGCCGAGUUUUUUACACUAUUUGUGGUUCGUCCCUUUGAAUGCACACUGCGAAGACACUGUGAGGACGACGACGCGUUAUUAAUUUUUCUUGCACACGGUGUUGCACAUACAUGAAAGAGAGGGGGAGAAAGAGAAGGAGGGAAAGAUAGAUAGAGAGAGAGAGAGAGAGAGAGAGAGACGUGCACGCCCACGAGCGCGUCGUGAACGAGAGUGCUCUUUUACGCGUGAACUGCUCGCGAGUCGUUCCUCGACCGUUCGCGACGACGCAUCGGCCGCCAGAGAAACCGGAUCAGAUGGAGCCCGUCUGGGAAUCGCACGGCCGUCAGAUAAACGAGGCUGGUUUGCGAAGAGGAUCAGAUACUAGCGUCGUACUAACCGAGGACACAGACAGCUUUAAGAUAGGAGACCGGGUAUGGGUCGGCGGCACGAAACCCGGCACGAUCGCCUACAUCGGCGAGACCAAGUUCGCGCCCGGCGACUGGGCAGGAGUCGUCCUGGAUGAGGCCAUCGGGAAGAACGAUGGCUCGGUGGCUGGUAGUCGAUACUUCCAGUGUGAGCCAAAAAGAGGGAUCUUCUCGAGGCUCACCAGACUCACGAGAACGCCGCUGAGCGAUUCGAUCAUUUCGCCGAGGACCACGCCGACCACGCCGCCUGACAAUACUCGAAGCCUCUUCAGCAAGUCCAUGUCGCAGUCUCUGAACACAUCCACAACUAGUCUGUCGUCGACGGUGUCGCAGAGGAGUGACCUGAAGAUAGGUGACCGGGUGAUAGUCUCGUCGAGCCAGGGCAGCAAAACUGGCGUACUCAGGUACCUGGGCACCACGGAAUUCGCCCCGGGUGAGUGGUGCGGCGUGGAAUUGGAUGAGCCGGUCGGCAAGAAUGACGGCUCCGUCAACGACAAAAGAUACUUCGAGUGCUCGCCCAAGUACGGCCUGUUCGCGCCCGUGCACAAGGUCAGCAGGUCUCCGUCCAACAAGCGGCAAUCCACGUGCGUGGUGCACAAGCCAACCGGCGCUGCCCUCAACGCCAGCCUGAAGAAGAGCGGCUCGCGCGAGUCGCUCGCUUCUCUCACGUCGAGCAUCGCCAGCAACGUCGCCGCGAGGACGACCGCCAGCAGCACCGCGAGCAGUACCACCGCGAGGAAGCCUGGCAUGCGCACGCCGAUACCUGCACGAGGUUCACUGCAGGAGGUUUUGAAGGAGAAGCAGCAGGAGAUAGAUUUCUUGCGGAAGGAGCGGGAUCUGGAACGUGAGAGAGUCACGAAAGCGGCAAAUCAAGCUGAUCAAGCGGAGCAGUCGGCAUUGUCGAUCAAGCAAGAAUAUGAAAAGUAUCGCGAGGAAGUGCAACAAAAGAUCAACGAGACGGAGACUACCGUUACCAAGCUCCUCGGUGAGAAGGGCACGUUGGUGGUGCAGUUGGAAGAGGAAAAGCGGAAAUGCGAGGACCUUCUGUUUCGUUUCGAAGAAGAGUCCGUGAAUAAGGACGACAUACAGAAAGAGAGAUCUGAGCAAUGUGUCAUAAAUACUGUAAAUGAAAGCAGGAUCAGGGAACUCGAAAAAAAACUCUCAGAGGAGCGGGAGCGCGUCGUUCAGUUGGAACGCGACAAUAUCAAGCUCUUCGAAGCUGAAGAAGAACUGACUCGGCUUCGUAACGAGAUCAACAACGUGACGAGCUCGCAGAAUUCUCAGCUACGAGAUCUCGAGAGUCGCAAUCAAAGCCUGGAAGAAAUAAAGGGCAGCCUUGAGAAGGAAUUGCAAGAGAAGUCGAGCCUUGUGGACGAGUGCGUGGGGCGCAUCAGGGGAUUGGAAGUCGUACUGAAUGAAGCACAACGAGAGAGCACGACGCACGAGGAGUCCGGGUCCCAUCUAGGGAAAGAACUGGAAGCCGCCAAAAAAAGCUUGCAAGACAGGGAGACCCUGUUGGAGAACAUGAAGCUGGAAUUCGAGAGGAGCACAAGCUCGUUGAACGAAGAGUUGCGGAAAUCGAAGGAGACAAUCGAGAGGAUCGAGCGAGAGAGCGUGAGUGAGAAGGACUCGUUGUUGUCCGAGUACCGACGUAGGAUCGAGGAGAGAGAUCGGUUGAUAAAGGUAAAGACCGAGGAUCUGGAGAACGAGUCCAAGAGGCUGUUAGAACAGCGGAACGCUCUCGAGGGCCUGAAGGCCGAGAACGUUAAGUAUAUGCGUGAACUUUCAGAGUCGUUCAAGCUACAGUUGCACGCGAAGGACUCGAAAAUCGAGGAGGUCACGUUGCAACUCAGUCAGAAAGCGUCCGAGACCGAGACACUGUUGAACGAAUUAUCCGUUCAACGGGAGCUCUGUGAAAAAAAGAACGAGGAACUGGCCAACGCUCUGCGAAAGUUGGAAGAAUUAAGCGCGAAGUUGAAACUAGCCGAGGAAAAUAACAACGUGCUCUCGAGACAGAUCGAAGACUACAAGUCCAAGAACGAUGAGAAUGUCCGAAUAAUUCAGGAGAAACAGAAGCUGGAACAAGAUCUGGCCAGCCUGGUCGCUUCGGAGGAGCAGUCCACUGCGCAGCUGAAUAAAUUGAACGAAGAGCUGAAGGUGAAAGACAAGGAACUCGCGGAGCUGCGUCACGCCACUAUGGCGCAGAUACAGGAGAUAACCAAGCGUUUCGAAUCCCAAAUUAACGACAAAGUCAAGUACAUCGACGAGAUAAACGCGGAUGUCGUUCAGAAGACCCUGAUGCUUGUCAAGUUGAAGAAAGAUAUUGCCGAUCUGAAGGCGAUUAUUGCAAGCAAAGACGAGGAGAUAAAGCAUUUGCUCGAGAAGACCUCAGAGUUACAAGACGCCCUCACGCUGUCCGAGCAAACGAAAACGAAUUUGGAGAGCGAGCUUCGCGUAUUCGAAUCCAACGCGCAAUCUUUGAAUCAGCAGGUUGCGAAGACGGAAGAGAAAAUAUCACAACUCUUGUCGCAGAAGGAAAAAUUGGAGUCCGACAUAGCUAGUGUGAUCAGCAGUGCCGCGGACUCGUCGGAGCAGCUCUCAAGGUACAACGAGGAUCUGCAGCGAAAGAAGGAGCUGGACGAAGCUCGCGAGAAGAUCUUCCAAACGGAGAACAUGUUGAAGUUGAUGCAAGGGAAACUGUCGAGCGCUGAGCUGGAGAUGAAUAAAAGCGCGGCGUUGAUGGACCAAUUGCGCUCGGAAAAGUCAAGUCUGGAGUCGCAGAUGAGUGACGCGAAGAGAUCGAACGCCGAUUACGUCGAGAAGAUUCGCCAGUUCGAGCGAAAGGAGAGCGAGUUGUUGGCGAAAGUGGACGAAGGCGAAUGCGUCAAGAUGAGUUUGGCGGAGAGGUCUCGCGAGAUCGCCAGUCUCUUGGAACGAUUGACGUGCAGCGAAGAGGAAAUCGCCGCUCUUCGUGGUCGGUGCGAAACCGGGCAAAGAUUCCACGAAGAAGAGGCGUCCUCGCUACGGAAAAAGAUCGCCGACUUGUCGGCCGAAUUGUCGAAAUUUCAGGAUGAAAUGAAGAAUUUGCAAAAGUCGAAGGGAAAGUUGGAGGCUGACCAGAGCGCGAAUCGAUGGACCAUCGAGGAACUGACAGAGAAACUGAACGUCGUAUCUGAGAAUACAUUAAAAUUAGAGGACUUGCUUCGGGAAAAAGAUUCCAAGCUGCAGGACGCGGAGAAUAAAUUGUUGGAAUUGCGAAAGACGAACGAUGCUUUGGCUACCGAUAAGGAAGCGUCCGAUAAGAAUUUAACCGCGUCGUUGAACAGCGCAACUAGUACUGUGAAGGAGUUGAAGAAUCAGUUGAAGAGCGCCGAACAGACGAUCGGAGCCAAGACGAACGAGGUGUCGAAGGCCAGAGCGGAAAUAGAGAAAUGUAUCGCACAAAUAGCCGAAUUGAACACCACGGUCUCCUCCAUAGGGGAGGAGCGAACGCGUAGCAGUAACGAACUGAAGGACGCACGAGAAUCGAUCACGCAGCAACAAAGCGUAGUAAACGAAUUAACGAAGGCUAAGGCAGCUUUAGAAGAUUCUACGAAUUUUUUGGAGACGCAGCUGUCGAGUACACGGGGAGAACUGCAGAAGAAGGACAAACUGUUAAUCGAGACGGAAGUUAGAAUGAAGGAAUUGAACGCCUCCAGAACGGAGGAAAUAUUAAAACUGCGGAAUACGUUGGAAUCCGAGGUAGCAGUGCAACGGAAGGAGAUCGAAAAAGCUAACAAGCUAAAUGACGAACUCGAAGAAAAGCUACGACGAUCGCAGGACAUUAUUAACAAGAAAGCGGCUGAUCAGAGUGAAAAAGAAGCUGCUAUCGACGAUCUGCGAGCCCAGGUGAAGGCUUUGGAGGAUGCGCAAGUGGAGAGAGCGAAGGCGGAACAACAGUCGCGCAAUGAAGAAAUCAAACAGAAACAGAGCGAGUUGAGUGGCACGAGCAAGCGGAUCAACGAGCUACAGAGCACGGUGUACACGUUGGAGAAAAGACUGAGAGAACAAGAGACGAAGUCAGCGGAGUUGGCGAGAACUAUGGAGUAUAAUGAGAAGGAAGUAGACAAGAAUGUACAAAACCUCGUGGAAAAGUUGAAUGUCGCCAAAGUGGAGGAGACGCGGCUCUUGGACGAGCUGAGUCGACUAGAAAAAGAAAAUAAACAAGUUACUGCAAAAUGGUUAGAAGCGACAAAUCAAUUGAAAUUGACGCAUGAAAAUAUGAAGAAUACUUAUGACGCCACAGAAGACAUAAAACAGCAUAUCGUUACAAAGGAUAUUGACGUCGCAAAACUGCAGGAAGAAAACGACACAACUAAGAGUCAAAUAGACUUUCUGAACUCCGUGAUAGUAGAUAUGCAACGUAAGAAUGAGACUCUGCUGUGUAAAAUCGAGGUCCUCGAAAUGGGAGUUCCCUCGAACGAAGCCGACGAUUAUAAUCGAAGCACUUUGGACAAGCGAAUGGCGGUGCCUCGUAUGUUCUGUGAUAUUUGUGAUCAGUUCGAUUUGCAUGAAACGGAAGACUGUCCCCGGCAGGCUCAAGAUUUCUCAGAGAGCACCGAGAAAAUGCCGAAAUUGUCGAAGAAACAACCGGUAGAAAGACCGUACUGCGAAAACUGUGAGAUGUUUGGGCACGACACGCGCGAUUGCGACGACACCGAAACAUUUUAACGUUACGUUACUGUCCGUAGACUCGUUCCAUUGCUUGCCAGAUGUCCCGUAGCUGUAAAGAGAUCUGUUAGACUUUACAGAGUAUAUUUUUGUAUGGCGAACUUUUCAAUUCGAUCCGAAUAAGUCUUCCCGCAUAGGACGGGUAUACCUAUAAAACUUCCCAAUACAUUAUAAAAAUUUAUGUUCCCUUCAAACGACGUGACUUUCACAUUGAUAUGUCCUUUAUUAAGAUUCGAGAAAUUCUGUUAUCGUCGUACAAUUUGUUCUCUUGUUAUACAGUCGGGUUAAACAUUAAUCGGUUUUU